CAUUUAAUCACUCUGCCAGCGCCUUUGCAGCAUGGAUCCGCUCAACUUCACAGUGGUCAUGUCCAACAUCUCCUCCUCUCCUGGACAUCCACCUCGUCCCUCCAGUGGUCUGCUGCCUGCGGUGGUUUUGUCACUCUGCCUCCUGCUGGGAGUUCCUGGAAACAUCGCUGUGAUUAUCUUAAGACCAAACCGACAGCACAUGUCGGGCCUGAGCCAGAGUUUGAUGUUGAAUUUGGCCGUAUCAGACCUGCUCUGCCUGCUCACACUGCCCCUCUGGAUUUACACAUUACUGCACAGCUGGACCUUUGGCCUGCUCGCCUGUAAGCUCCUCACAUAUCUCAUGUACUGCUGCAUUUAUUGUAGCCUUCUGACUGUGACGGCUCUCAGUGUUCAGCGAUACCUUCAGGUGGUGCACCGGAAGAAGUGGUUCAAAACUGAAGGAAGUUGGAGGCUGCUGGUUCUGCUUUGGCUGGCUGCAAUGAACCUGUCAAUCCCUGCUUUAGUGGUCAGACAAACCACAACUGACGGGAAUUCAACAAACUGCCGAGCUCUUUACUCCUCCCGGACUCAGCAGGUUGCCGUGCUGCUGACAGAGUCCCUACUGGAAUUGGCUUCAGUUUCUGUCGUGGCAUAUGCAUACAUCCGCCUCCACAGAAAAGUGGAACAGGCAGCUUUCUUCAACAACCCACAGACGACCCGGCUGAUCACAAGCAUCACUGUGACCUUUCUUGUCCUCUGGCUGCCAUAUCUGUCCAUGAAUGUGCUCAGUCUGGUAGCUAUUUUGCUUAAAAAUGAAACCCUGCUGAAGUUUUGUAAAGACAACUGGAACACUGUUGGAGCACUGACAUUUGUGAAUAGCUUCCUGGAUCCUUUUAUGUAUGCGUUCGCUUUUACAAACAUCUGCAAUAGGUGCUUUAAAAGCGAACGUAAAAACAGUUCAUGCAAAAGCUCCACGUGCCAGGAAGAUGAAAAUAAGUCAAGUGGCUGACAUAAUAUUAUCUAGGCCUAUAUACAACCACCAGAAAUCACCAGUCUGCACAGCCAGAUUAUUAAGACAUUUGGAUAAGGAUGAAACAAUAAAGUCCACUUGUGAUGCAAUUUGGAUUACGAUGCUGGGUUCAGGGUAAGAUUUUCUCAUUUUGAUAAAAAAAUGAGCUUGAAGUCAAUUUACAAAUAAAUCUGGUUAUUUUAUUUAAAUUCUCUGAAGACAAAAUUGCAAAAUAUCAUCCGCCUCCUCCGCCCAAGGCUUAUAAGAUGCAUCAAGGUGCCACAUUCAUUACUUCCAACUCUAAGUCAGAUCAAACAUAAAACCAGACGUACACCUAGCUGGUGCACUAUAGUCUCCUAAUGUAAUACAGGAGAAGCCAAAAGCUGAUAUCACCCUCUGCUUGUUAAAUAACAGCAUUGCAAUAUAUUAUAGGUAUUGUUACAUCGUUACAUAUGCAAGUUUUUUUUUUUUCCUUACUGAUAAAAAGGUGUUUUCAGGCUAAAGAUCUCAUCUCACAGGAGAAAAUCAGUUCAGGGGAGUGCUUCUCACGUUGAUCAUAACGAGCUGUGGCUGAUUAGUGGUUACUUGUGAAACUUGAGGUUAAGAAACAUCUUGCCUCAUAUUAGCUGUGUGCUGUCUAAAGUCUAAACCCCUUAUUAAAAAUGAAUCAUGAUAAAACAGUGAAAAAUGUCAAAAGAUGAACUUGAAAUGAAAUAAGUUAUACUGUAAUUCAAAUGCAAAACAGACUUCCUGUUUAGGUUUCAUUGAAGCUAGACCACAUGUCAAUUUGUGUGUGUGUGUGUUAAUGACUCAAUGCUUGAAAUAAUAAA